AUGGGAAUCAUCAAGUCUAUUUACCAGAUUGCUCAGCCAAGCAACAAAGAUGGAACUUUCCUCCAACUGAACCUUGGCAUCAUUGCCGCCUGCGCACCAGCGUUAAAGCCACUCGUUGGUCGAGCUCUAAAAAUAAGUUCGAGUCGCCAUUACAACAGCGAUAACCUGUACGAGAACCGUUACCCGACUGGUCGAACCGGCCGAACCGUAAAUAUCACGGCGACUGCAAAGAGACAAGGCUACAGGGAACAAGGAAGCCAGGGAGCGCCUGAAUUUGAACUUGAAGAACAGGCGUUUUCGCAGAGCGCGGAGUAUUACCGGACCAGUAUCAAAGCAGGAAAUCAUGCGGCAGCCGUGGCGGUGUACCAGAAGAAAGACAGUUUUGGCGAUAGGUCAGGAAGCGAGGAAAUGAUUUUGGACACGGACCCCAAGUUUGGGGAGGGUAGAGGCAUCAUGAGGACGACCGAGGUACACAUCCAGCGCUAG